CCUGCUGUCGAACUGGGCAAGUUCAUGAAACCUGGGAAAGUGGUGCUGGUCCUGGCCGGACGCUACUCGGAAUGCAAAGUCGUCACCGUGAAGAAUAUUGAUGAUGGCACCUCAGACCGCCCUUACAGCCAUGCCCUGGUGGCUGGAAUCUACCGCUAUCCCCGAAAAGUGACAGCUGCCAUGGGCAAGAAGAAAAUCGCCAAGAGAUCAAAGAUCAAGUCCUUUGUGAAAGUUUAUAACUACAGUCACCUCAUGCCCACAAGGUACUCUGUGGACAUCCCCUUGGACAAAACUUUUGUCAACAAGGAUGUCUUUAGAGACCCAGCUCUGAAACGCAAGGUCAGGCAGGAGGCCAAGGUCAAAUCUGAGGAAUGAUACAAG